ACAUCCAAACCAGGAUCAUCCACGGUACCGAACGCAACCCAAGCAUCGUCCCCGGCGCAGACGCAGGCGCCGCAGCAAAACCUCCAGUCUGCGCAAACGACUCAUUCCUUUCCUUCCGUCACCCCCGACCUCAUCGUCCAGACCCCGGUAAUGACGAUGGUGCCUCCUCAACCUCCUGCACCGCCUCCGCCUGCUCCCCAGGCCCCCGUGCCGCCGGCCCCAGCUCCCCAGCCCAUCCAGCCUCACCCUCCCGUUAUCCCAACACCCGCCCAGCCCGUGAAGACAAAAAAAGGGGUGAAGAGGAAAGCAGACACCACGACACCAACGACCAUCGACCCAAUUCAUGAAUCGUCAUCACUGCCUGCCGAACCCAAGUCCACCAAGCUGGGUCCGCGUCGGGAAAGCAGCCGCCCGGUGAAGCCUCCAAAGAAGGAUGUUCCAGACUCUCAACAACACGUGGUAGAAAAGAGUAGCAAAAUAUCCGAGCAGUUGAAAUACUGCAGCGGGAUCAUCAAAGAGAUGUUCGCCAAGAAACACGCUGCCUACGCCUGGCCCUUCUACAAACCUGUGGAUGUGGAAGCACUGGGACUGCACGAUUAUUGCGAUAUCAUUAAACAUCCCAUGGAUCUGAGCACAAUCAAAUCUAAACUGGAGAACCGGGAAUACCGAGAUGCUCAGGAAUUCGCGGCGGACGUACGAUUGAUGUUCUCCAAUUGCUAUAAGUACAACCCCGCUGAUCAUGAGGUGGUGGCCAUGGCACGGAAACUGCAGGACGUGUUCGAGAUGCGCUUCGCCAAGAUGCCGGAUGAACCAGAAGAACCUGUAAUUCCAGCUUCUUCUCCGGUGGUGGUGCCACCUCCCACCAAGGUGGCUCCCCCUUCAUCUAGCGAUAGCAGCAGCGACAGCUCCUCCGACAGCGACAGCUCCUCGGAUGACUCCGAGGAGGAGCGAGCUCAGCGGUUAGCGGAGCUCCAGGAACAGCUUAAAGCAGUGCAUGAACAGCUUGCAGCCCUGUCCCAGCCACAGCAGAACAAACCAAAGAAAAAAGAGAAAGACAAGAAGGAGAAGAAGAAGGAGAAGCACAAAAAGAAGGAGGAGCUGGAGGACACCAAGAAAAGCAAAGCCAAGGAACCGCCACCCAAGAAGGCCAAGAAAAGCAACAGCAACAGCAGUACCUCCAGUAGUAAGAAGGAGCCCGUGACGGUGAAGAACAGCAAGCCCCCUCCAGCCUACGAGUCUGAGGAGGAGGAGAAGUGCAAACCCAUGUCCUAUGAGGAGAAGAGGCAGCUGAGCCUGGACAUUAACAAACUCCCCGGUGAGAAACUGGGCCGAGUCGUCCAUAUCAUCCAGUCGAGAGAGCCCUCGCUCAAAAACUCCAAUCCCGAUGAGAUCGAGAUUGACUUUGAGACGUUAAAGCCAUCCACCCUGCGGGAGCUGGAGAGAUACGUCACGUCGUGUUUACGGAAGAAGAGGAAACCUCAAG